GCAUUCUUUCCGCUGGGAAUGGUGUCCUUAAAAUCAGCCAAAACCUCACUGAUUUACUGCUUUCGGAACGACGUAGUCGAAGCCGUGGAUACACAAGGUUGCUGAAGGCAACGGAGGCCAAACGGGGGUUACAGCAUAACAAACAGCAACGUUCGCACGCCGGCACCGGUGACACAGUUGCACAAUGAGCCAACAGUACGUGAGUCCGUUGUCGAUCGCCGUAAUUUGCUCGUCCAACAUGAACCGGUCGAUGGAGGCACACGGGUUUCUGGCGAAGAAACGGUUUAAAGUGCGCUCGUUCGGGACGGGCGAUAAGGUCAAACUGCCCGGCACGGCAGCGGACAAACCGAACGUGUAUGAGUUUGGCACGACGUACGACGACAUCUACAACGAUCUGGCCACCAAAGACAAACAAUACUAUACACAAAACGGCUUGCUGCACAUGCUUGACCGCAACCGGCGGAUCAAAUCGUGUCCGGAAAAGUUUCAGCUCUGUACCGAGCGGUUCGACGUGCUCGUAACGUGCGAGGAACGCGUCUACGACCAGGUGAUAGAGUAUAUGGAAUCGAAAACACCAACCUACAACCUGCCGGUGCACGUGAUCAACAUCGAUAUUCAGGACAACCACGAGGAGGCAACGGUCGGUGCGUUUCUGAUCUGUGAUCUCAUAACGAUGAUGGCGCAGAGUACGGAUCUGGACAAUGAUAUUGAUGAGCUGUUGCACGAUUUUGAAAACAAAUGCCAACGCAGUGUACUCCAUUGCGUGUUGUUUUAUUAGCGAAUUGGAUCGGAAAGGCAGCGUCACCUGAUUGACCUCUACCGCAAAGAACCUCAACUAAGCCUCCAGCGCCUACGAUGACGAACCGUCAAGAAAUAGGCAAAUACUACUUGCCCACAGAUUCAAGUAGAGUGAGCCACUUGUUUGGGUUUAUGAGUCUACACAAAUUUUAUUUUUUUUCUGCUUCUGAUAUUCGAAUGCAAAAUGACAGAGACGGUUAAAUCAAAUCAAAACCCAAGGAAUACGUUUGAGAAUAUAACUUUAUUCUUUUUUAUGUACA